GCCAGGACGAAAAAACGGGCAGGCGAGCGAGUGCGCGCGUGCGCGCAGGCCAGGCCCGGUCGGUCUCUGCCUUUCCCUCAGAGUCGGCCAUGGCGGCGGCGGCGGCUUCGCAACGGGACCCUGCCGGGGACUGGCAGGACUUCUCCGGCUUCCAGCCGCCCGCUGCGGAGGUCGAUCGUCUGGAGCUCUCUACGCCGCCGGUUCGGGAGGGGGGCCCUUGGGGCGACAGGGACGGCGGCGGGCUGAGGACCAAUCUUCCGCGCUGCUUCCAGCCUCCUCGGCCCCCUCAGGAUUGCCAGGGCGGAGAAGCCCCUCUCCCACCGCGGCCCCUCGGCGAGCAGAGUGCCCUGCGUGAGGACGAGAUAUGGAAUGCUCUGACUGAUAAUUAUGGGAAUGUAAUGCCGGUGGACUGGAAGUCUUCCCAUGCCAGAUCACUGCAUCUGCCAACCCUGAAUCUUUCUGAAAAAGGAGUUAAUGAAAAUUUGAACCUUGACUUAUCAGAUGAUGAAGAGUUGAGAGAGCAGCUAGACAUGCAUUCUAUCAUCGUUUCCUGCAUCAAUGAAGAACCACUCUUUACAGCUGAGCAGGUGAUUGAAGAAAUAGAAGAAAUGAUGCAGGAAUCUCCAGAUCCAGAUGAUGAUAAAACGCCAACCCAGUCAGACCGUCUGUCGUUACUCUCCCAAGAACUUCAGACACUUAAGAGAUCCAGUACAAAUCAUAAUUACAAAGAGGGAGUAAAAAAACUGUCUGUGGCUGAAUUAAAUGACCUGUUAGAAGAGACUGAGACAGCCAUCAAGGACUAUUCUGAAGAACUGGUGCAGCAGUUGGCACUACGAGAUGAACUGGAAUUCGAGAAGGAAGUAAAGAAUAGCUUCAUAUCAGUUCUUAUCGAAGUACAAAACAAGCAAAGAGAACAAAAGGAAAUGGCAAAGAAGAAGAAAAAGCUGAAAAAUGGCAGUCCUCAGAAUGGCAAGCAAGAGAGAGGUCAUAUGCCUGGAACAUACUUGACAACAGUUAUUCCUUACGAGAAGAAAAGUGGACCACCAUCAGUUGAAGAUCUCCAAACUCUAACAAAGAUUCUUCAUGCUAUGAAAGAAGACAGUGAGAAGGUGCCAAGCUUAUUAACAGACUACAUCUUGAAGGUUCUGUGCCCUACAUGAAGAGAGCUGUUUAGGAUGAAGGACAACCAUGCAGUUCCUGUGAAAAGGAUUGUUCAUAGCCUUUCAGUUUGUUUGGCACUGUGAUGACUUCUAGUGUAUUUAGUACUUUCAUUGCCUUUUUGGACUUUUGAAUCAUGGACUAAGUUCUUGGGAGCAUGCAGAACUCAUCUGUUUGUUUUUUGCACUUAACCACAAUGUAUUCAGGCAAAGAACAAAGAUUGUACAGUUUUAGUCAUGAACAUUGUUUUGGCUUUUUAAGUACUAUUUUUUUAUAGUGUGUGGCAUGUUAUUCCCUACAGCCAUCUGCUUGGGUGGAGGAAGAAUAAACUUCUGUAUAAAUAAUAGAAGACUAUCAAGUUUAACUAACUGAACUUCAGUCAUAUCUGAACUUCAAUCAAAACUGUAAUGGGUUACUGUACUAAGAGUAUAAAAUGAAUCAAACGCUGAACCUGCAUGGCAAAAAUUCCAUGGAAGUUCUUCAUUGGGCAUGUCAGUGAUACUGAGCUUUUACAAACAGUAUUGUCUCGUAUUUACUGAUUCUCAUGAACUUUUCACCCAUCCUUAGAAGUCAAAAGUGGUAGAGUAUUUGUUUCCAUUUCUUGUUGACUUGCUUAACAAAUAAUUUACUGGGAAGUUGACUUGUACAAGCAGGAUAGAACAUUCUGGUGGAUGUUGCUCCAAACCACUGUCUCAAAACUUCCAUUUUUUAAACUGUAUUUAAAAACAAUUUCAUUGAAUGUAGAUAUCUUGCUCUUACUGUGCUUUUUAGUCUAAACAUUAAAUAAAUGUUUGGUCAUAGUGUAAUAUUUUA